CCAUCCUAUAACUCUAGCCACAAUCUACGAUUCUGUGUCGUUGUCUUUUCGUGCUACCAUGCUCCAAGACAUUGGAGGCCCAGUCCCUCCUCACACCGAUCAUGCAGUCAGUGUAUCUCUUCCGACAUGGCAAGCAAACGUGGCAUAUGAGGAAGGAGAGUCGUGGGUUAUGAAUAAGAUGCAAUGCGGAUACCCUCGGUUUUUCAUACACCCCAUCAUCCAGGAUUUAGCAAGGGAGAUCGUACGUCGCUAUGGAAGCCCGGAAGUGGAUACCGCUUUAUUAUUCCCAUCUCCGAAAACAGCAGGGGUGUGUUAUUCGUUUCUCAUGUCGAGAAGACCAGCCGGUGAAUCCUGCAACGUCCGGAUAAUAAAUUUCGGCCCUCCCAAUCAAACAGAAGCCGGAUCAUCUACGGCAGAAUUGCUAUUGUCAUGCGUGAUAUAUCCGAUCCAGUAUGCGCCAAUUGCCAAGCAGGUUUGGCAACAUACAGGCAAUGGUAUAUCAAGUAGGCGUGCCGAGUUCUGCCUGAAUGCUUUAAGGGAUGGGUUUCUCGUGGAUAGAAAACCUGCAGCUUGUGAAACAACAUUCCCAAGAUUUUGCAAGGGACCCAGAAGGUAUCAGGGGCGGGAUUCAAUAAGUGGAAAGCCUCAAGCAAAUGGGGCACACGCAUGCGACAAUAUUUUAGGUACAACCCCUGCAGCCAGCGGUAACCAAGAUGGUCGGGAACAUGUCCAGUUCAUUGAAGAACGAUUUGGUCGCAAUCUGAGUACCGCGCUUGCCGGUCAGGCAAAGCUGGCUGUCCGGCGACGUAUAGCAGGUGUACUGACUGCCGAUGUGGAGCUUAGCGAGGCGCUUGAGGAAGAGUCAGGAGAAGGUCGUGUCGCGGGACUGUCGGAGUCUGAUGUAUAUCUUUUCCCAACCGGGAUGAGUUCCAUUUUCAACGCUCACCAAUUGCUGAUGGCUGCGAAGAGUGAGAUGAAGAGCAUCUGUUUUGGAUUUCCUUAUACCGACACGUUAAAGAUACUUCAAAAAUGGGGGCCCGGCUGUUUGUUUUAUGGCCAUGGCUCAUCAGAAGAUCUCGAUGACUUGGAGUCACGGUUAGCGAACGGGGAGAAAUUCCUCGCACUCUUCACUGAAUUUCCUGGGAAUCCUUUACUGAAAGCCCCCGAUUUGAAGAGAAUUCGUUCACUCGCCGACAGGUAUGAUUUUGCCGUCGUAGUGGAUGAGACAGUUGGAAACUUCCUCAACAUCAAUGUGCUCCCCUAUGCGGAUAUUGUGGUUAGCAGCUUGACCAAAGUCUUCAGUGGAGACAGUAAUGUCAUGGGGGGAAGCGCUGUGCUCAAUCCCCAUGGGCGCUAUUACCGGUCUCUAAAAGAUACAUGUGCCCGUGAAUAUGAGGACAAUCUUUGGGCAGAAGACGCCGUGUUCCUGGAGAGAAAUAGCCGCGAUUUUGUGUCCAGGAUUGACAAGAUCAACAACACUACGGAGGAAAUCACGGCAAUGUUGGAGAAAUCACCACUCGUGAAAACGGUCUACUAUCCGAAGUGCAAUCCUUCAAGGCCGCUGUACGAAGCUUUCCGCAACCAGAGUGGAGGAUAUGGUGGUCUUUUCUCGGUUACCUUCCAUUCAACAGAAGCGGCAGUUGCCUUCUUUGACCAACUUGAAGUACUUAAAGGGCCCAGUCUUGGAACUAAUUUCACACUCAGUUGCCCCUAUACUUUGUUGGCACACUAUGGUGAAUUAGAAUGGGCAAGUUCGUUCGGUGUCGACUUGGGCCUGGUGAGGAUAAGUGUUGGCUUGGAAGAUGUGUCGGACCUUAGCAGCCGGUUUCAACAGGCGUUGGAUGCUGUUGCUAGAGUAAAAGCCUGAUAUAGACUUCCAAACUCCAUUUGUCAACAUAUGGAGGUUAUAGGUCAUAUGGAUACCUAUCAAAUAGUGAAGUUUAUAGUACCUUUGUGGGUCUGCUGGAUAAAAUAGUAAAACCGUAUCAUUUCC